AUGUUAGCGGAGUUUAAGCCUUCCAUUGUAAAAGAAGUUCCUGCAGGGUCAACUGCAGUCUUGAAUUGUAAUAGCAAUGAUUAUGACCAUAAUUUUUUAUUCUGGCUUGUUAAUAAAACAAAAGUUAUAGGGCCAGACAAUGAUUUUGAUGAAAAAAAAUAUAAAUAUGAAGUUUUGUCAGGAAGACUUCGAAUAAAUAAUGUGUCCCCUAGUGAAUCGGGUCACUAUGUAUGCUUGUCCAAACACCUUGAUGGGUCAAAGAUUUCAGCUGGAGAAGUUGAGAUGAUAGUAAAAGGCUCAGCAUUCUCAGCUAUAGAUGCAAUGAAAUUGGUUGCUAUUGUGGUCUCUAUUAUUGUUCUAAUUGGUUGUGCUGUUAUUUAUUAUCGUUUGAGAAAGCAAUGGAAGAGAUAUGACGGUCAUUCCGUAGUACCAGUUGAUGAAACUGAAGAAGAUGACGAUGCAGGAGAUGAAAUUUAUAACCGUACAACAACUACUAUUACACCAGUUCCUGGUCCCAGCAGGAAUGUAUCAUCUGAACAUUUAUUAUAUGGCAUAGACAACCAGGGAUUGGACACAGAUUUUAAUUCAGUCUUUGAAAACAUUCAGAUCAAAACACCAUCUCCAAGCCUUAUU